UUUCAUAUGUCAAAUUCAAACGUAUAACCUCAAAAAAAAUCAGGAGGGUUGAAAAUUUGUUUUUGAUGAAUGUUUAAAGUAAAACUUGAUUUUAGUGUAAGAAGACGUAUUAAGUAAGAAUAAAAAUUUUUAGAGUUUGUUGAUUUAUAUAAAUAUGACUGAAGAAAUGGAAAAUUCGGAUUCAGAACCCACUACCAGCAUAGAAAAGAGCAAAAAGAAACCUAAAAGAGGGAUUAUUUAUUUAUCUACAAUACCUCCAUACAUGAAUGUGGCAAAAAUUAGAGAAUUUUUUAGUGAUUUUGGACAAGUAGGAAGAAUAUAUUUAGAAUUGGCAGAUAAAGAAUUGAAAUCAAAAGAUAAAGACAAGCCAAAAAAGAAACGAAAAGUAGCAAAAAAAUUCUCAGAAGGUUGGGUAGAAUUUGAAAGAAAGUAUAUAGCCAAACAAGUAGCUGCUCUUCUUAAUAAUACACAGGUUAGCAAUAGGAAAAAAUCUAAACAGUAUGACUGUAUGUGGAAUAUUAAAUAUUUAUCGAAUUUUAAAUGGACACACUUACAUGAAAGAUUGGCAUAUGAAAAAGCAGCAAGAAGACAGAAACUGAGGGCAGAAAUACAAUUAGCCAAAAAGAAGAGCAACUUCUUUGCAUCAAAUGUUGAAAAAACUAAAAAGAAUAAAACAGUAGUGAAUAAAGAAUUUGAAAAUAUUGAAGAAAAGGUUGCAGAACAGAUGGAUGCUGAAGAAGAUAAGGAAAAGAGUGAUGAUAGGAAAGAAUUUUUACAAUCUCUUUUUUAAUAUUGGUGUUAAUAAACAUGAUUCAUAAACGUU